AUGCAAAUCUUUGUAAAAACCCUUACUGGAAAAACCAUUACACUUGAAGUUGAACCAAGCGACACAAUCGAAAAUGUGAAAGCAAAAAUUCAAGAUAAGGAAGGAAUUCCACCUGAUCAACAACGUCUUAUCUUUGCCGGCAAACAGCUCGAAGAUGGUCGAACACUUAGUGAUUACAACAUUCAAAAAGAAAGUACUCUUCAUUUAGUUCUUCGAUUACGUGGUGGCAUGCAAAUAUUCGUGAAAACACUCACUGGUAAAACUAUAACACUCGAAGUUGAACCAAGUGAUACAAUCGAAAAUGUGAAAGCAAAAAUUCAAGAUAAGGAAGGAAUUCCACCUGAUCAACAACGUCUUAUCUUUGCCGGCAAACAACUCGAAGAUGGUCGAACACUUAGUGAUUAUAACAUUCAAAAAGAAAGUACUCUUCAUUUAGUUCUUCGAUUACGUGGUGGUAUGCAAAUAUUCGUGAAAACACUCACUGGUAAAACUAUAACACUCGAAGUUGAACCAAGUGACACAAUCGAAAACGUGAAAGCAAAAAUCCAAGACAAAGAAGGUAUUCCACCUGAUCAACAACGUCUUAUCUUUGCCGGCAAACAGCUUGAAGAUGGUCGAACACUCAGUGAUUAUAAUAUUCAAAAAGAAAGUACACUUCACCUUGUACUUCGACUUCGAGGUGGUGAUGAUCAAUAA